AGUUUUCUGAAAACAAAGAAGCAUUGGAACAGUUUUACAACUGCUUUCUUCAUAAAUCCUGCAGAAGUUAAAGAUAAACUAGAAUCCAAGAUAGAAUGAUAGAACUAGUUUUGGUCAGACAUGGGGAAACAGAGGCUAACAAAACUCAUACCAUCCAGGGGCAUCUAGACACUGAUCUAUCUGAGUUGGGUGUAAAACAAGCUGAGAUGGUUGGUGAAUCAUUAGCAAAACAUACCUUUCAUCUGGCGCUCACCUCAGAUCUCAAGAGGGCAAAAUGUACAGGUGAGGAGAUUCGGAAGCGUAAUCCCAGCUUUGAAAGUCUAGAGGAGCUACAAGUACUCAGGGAAAGAUGUUUCGGUGAUUUGGAAGGGAAACCUCUCAAAACUAUGCUAGAAGCAAUCAAGGGUUUGGAUCGUUCCAAGCUGCAGUCCUGGGGUCCGGAUAACGGAGAAUCUGGAGAUAUGUUUAGAGAGAGGAUUGAGAUGUUUAUUAAAACUCUAGGAGAGAAGGUUCAGGGAAUGGAUAACCCCUGUGUUCUUGCAACAACGCACGGAGGAUUUAUCAAGGAUUUUAACCUUCUUCUAGUUAACAAAUACCAAUGCUCUUUCCCUUGUCAGAAUGGAGAAUAUGGCAGAAUCAGUCCAAACACCGGGGUCAGCAAAUAUUUCCUUGACUUUAAUGAUUCAGGAGAGCUUGUAAAGGCUACGUGCACGCAACUGUAUAACAAGGAUCAUCUCAACAAUCUGGCCACCGUGGAACCGGUUCUCUACGGCAUAUAAACAAUCCUAUCCUCCGUAGAACUGUUUUUCUACGGAAUAUAAACAAUACUAUCCUCCGUAGAACUGGUUCUCUACGGAAUAUAAACAAAACUAUAUGCCAUAAACAAAUCAAACAAAACCUUAUUAUUUAUUUGUUUUAAUAUACUAUUGAAUGUUGAUUAUUUGAUCAUGACUGGUAUUUAUUUUAUCUAAUACUAACAGAAUCCUGUAAAAAAUUAAGAUAAUUAGUAGAAUUGUCAAAUUGUGGCUGGAAUUUUGUUGAUCAGUCGGGGGAAAUUUUUUAAUAGCGAGAAGAAGUUGGAGUUACAUAUGGCUAGUUUUACUACAACUACUGCCCUGGGUUUAAGUUUACAUCAGCGGUCCAGAAAGACAGUUGAACUAGCCGUAGCUCGUUCAAAUACCUAUCUCUCUUAUUUAAGUUUCUACUCAGAAAGAAGCUAAAAGAGACGCCUAACGUAUAUCUAGCAGCUUGGAGGCACAGUGUGUUUUUUAAGCCACCCAUAAAAAUACAUUUUCUUUGAUUAUUAAUUUAUUUUCAAGUAUUUUUACAUUGUUGUUAUUUAUCAUGUGUAAACCCUUAUUAGGCAGGCAGUUCAUCAAAGAAUACAAUUUUGACUAACUAUCUGAAAUAGAUAACAAUAAAUCUGAAUUGGAAAA